GCACCGCCCCCCGGCCCUGCGCCACCACGGGCGGGGCCGCGCACGCGUGUCACAGCGCACUGAUUUGUGAAUCUCUGCUGCUCUCUUCAUUCAGGCCCAGAGGUCCCUCUUCUCCUGCACUUACCCUGCAGAUCCACACCSAUCAUGCUGAGAUUCGGGCAGCACCUCAUCAAGCCCUCCGUGGUGUUCCUGAGGACGGAGCUGUCCUUCGCCCUGGUGAACCGCAGGCCGGUGGUGCCGGGCCAUGUCCUUGUGUGUCCCCUGCGGCCGGUGGAGCGUUUCCGUGACCUGUGUCCCGAGGAAGUGGCGGAUCUGUUCCGUGCGGCGCAAAGGGUUGGCAACGUGGUGGAGAAACAUUUCUGCGGCACCUCGCUCACCUUUUCCAUCCAGGAUGGCCCUGAAGCUGGACAAACAGUGAAGCAUGUUCAUGUCCAUGUGCUUCCAAGGAGGGCUGGAGACUUCAGCAGGAAUGAUGAUGUCUAUGAGGAGUUGCAACGACAUGACAAAGAGGAUUCCCCUGACAAGUGGAGGACAGAAGAWGAAAUGGCAGCUGAAGCAGAAAUUCUGAAGAAGUAUUUCCAGGAAAAUUAAAGGUAACAAAGUGUUUGGAACACAUCCCAUGACAUCAGGAAGUCCCCAGAAAGAACAACCUCAUUCUCCAGUUCUCCGUGGCCCUGGAGCUGCAGCUCAACAAUUUUAUUAUUUUCUACAAAUAUGGGAUUCUUCUAUGAAAAAUUUUAUUGGACCUUUGGAUAUCAUCAAGGUUGAAUUUCAGCGAAGACAACUAAACAGCACUGGUUCAAAAUAUUGCUCUGAAUUGUAACUCAUAUUUUCCUGAAUUGUGUACUUGGGAAUGAAUCUUUAUAAAUUGUCCCUUGGCCUAAAUUGAAAUAAAGUGCUAGGAAAAUCAGGUAGCUAUUGUGUUUAGGUGCAUUAUAAAGUGUUUACUCCACGUUGUGCUCUUUGAUUCAGUUAUUGUAUGUAAGCUAUUUUAUCAUAGAAAGAUUAGAUCUUUUAGCAGUGUGGCAAUUCACACAAACCAAGGCUUUGUUACAGACCAGCCAAGRAAAGGACUUGGAGAGCUGGUUUUUCUUCAGAUGAGUUCUGUAAAAAGAAAUACUAAGUUUCCUGUGAUUUUUCUAUUCUCUGUUCUUUUAAUGCAUUAUGACAAGGCUUCUGGAGCUUAAGGUGAUACAGAACACUUCUGUAAAACUAUAAAUUAAUGUGUGAAGCUGCUCACGGGGUAGUAAUCACAUCAGGGUUAGUCUGGCACCACAAACAGCGAGUGGGAGCUGCCCACGGGGAACAAUCUCCCAGCAAGAAAUGCCGUGUUCAGAACCCUGCACAGGAACAAACCCACCGUGGGUUAGCUGCUGAUUGCUAACACAGAACACAGCAAAAGGAGUCAAGUAACAGAUGGGAGAGAAGAAGUGAGUCCGCUAGAUUUGCAUGAAAAGAGCACCCAUAAUCCUUCUCCGGAACUGCAGGGAA